CGGAGGUGAGCCUGUCUUGGCAACCUCCAACUGGUCGCGCGGUCUAUCUGAAUAGCUCCGACUCGUUGCAACCUACACACCACCAACAUCUUUCUUGACUUCCAAGUCUCAGUCACCGACCCCCUCGGUCCUCUGGCUCGUUCGAGAGCAUCGUCGUCGCGUCAUGGAGCAGCCACCCCCAACCGAUCAACCACAACAGCCUCCGCCUCCGACCCUCACAAACCCUCGCUUCACCCUCGAGCUAGAGUUUGUGUCUUCUCUCGCCAAUCCCUACUACCUGUCCCACCUCGCCGUGACAUAUCCGAAUCUGCUGGGCAUAAACAAGUCCGGUGAUGACAGCGACGUCAACAAUGAUUCUGCAGACCCCGACGCGCAGGCAUUUGCAGCAUACCUGGCCUACCUCUAUUCCUACUGGAAGACCCCCGAAUACGCCCAGUUCCUGACCCAUCCCGGUGCCACUUUGCGGGCGCUACGACUACUGCAGGAGGAGAACUUCCGUCGCGACAUCAUUCGCCCCGACGUCAUUGAAAGGCUAGCGGGGACCGAUGUCGCCGCCGAACCCGUCGACACAGCUGCGGAGUCUGGAGACCAGGAGGGCGAACAAGCCAAAGCAAGCUAGGAAAAUGCGCAGUGACACUGGAAGUAGCAGGAAACAGGCGUGCUGCACAUUGGGCUCGACGUGGAUUGGUUCAGUGGUUUGCCCGGGACGAUGUCUUGCUCAAGCUCCAGCCACUGUCUUCUACUACUAGGCUGCGGAGAGG